AUGUCCACCCCUAGUAGCAGCGAUCUGGUCAUCGCCGUUGUCGGCACUUGCGACUCGAAACUUCAAGAGCUGCUGCGCCUGCGCCAGCUCACCCUCGACGCGGGCGCGACUUCAGUCAUCCUCAUCGACGGCGGCCGCUUCCCGGUCUCCCACGAUGCCAUCACCGUCAGCCGCACCCGGACGCCGGGGUUCCUGAGCGACUCCCAGAUCGCACAGAUCGAUGACCCGUCCUCGGAUCGCAGUGGGGGUCUCAAGAUCAUGACUGAGGCCAUCACGUCUUACGUCAAGGGCUUGUUCUCGCGCGGGGAGAUCCACGGCAUCCUGAGUGCGGGCGGGAGCGGCGGCACAUCCCUCGCGGCACCAGUUAUGAGGGAGGCUCUACCCAUCGGGUUUCCCAAGCUCCUCGUGUCCACGGUGGCCAGUGGCGAUGUCGGUCCCGUGGUCGGCGAGGCCGAUGUUACCAUGAUGUACUCGGUCGUCGACAUUGCCGGCUCCAAUGAGCUGCUGGAGCGAAUCUUUGCCAACGCGGCCGGGGCCAUUGUCGGGAUGGCAAAGUCGUGGAAGGCCUCGUCACCCUCGUCGCCGCGGCAAGCUCAAGGCGCAGAGCAGCACAACACCAUUGAGCGACGCAGGAAACGCAUAGGCGUGACAAUGUUUGGCGUCACGACGCCGUGCGUGAACAAGGUCCGGGAGAUUCUCGAGGCCAGAUACGACCACGAAGUCUUUGUCUUUCACGCCACGGGCCACGGCGGCAAGGCCAUGGAGCGGCUUGUGGCCGAGGGCCGGCUUGACGCCGUGCUGGACCUGACCACGACGGAGGUCUGCGACGAGCUGUUUGGGGGCAACAUGUCCGCCGGGCCGCUCCGGCUCGAGGCCGCGGCGAAGCGCGGGAUUCCCUGCAUCGUGUCCGUUGGCGCAACAGACAUGGUCAACUUUGGACCGCGCGGGACGGUGCCGGAGAAGUACGCCAAGGCUGAGGCGGAUCGGUUGUUGUACGAGCACAAUGCUUACGUGACGCUGAUGCGCACGACGGCCGAGGAGUGCAAGGCGGUGGGAAGCUGGAUCGCAGCGAAGUUGAAGAGCCACUGUACCGAUCAGUCCAAGGUCAAAGUCAUCCUGCCCCUGGGUGGUGUCAGCUUGAUUGCGACCCCUGGCGGGCCAUUCGCAAAUCAGGAGGCCGACGAGGCGCUCGUUGCAGCCAUCAGAAAAGAUCUCCAGGGCACGGAGAUUGAGGUGAUUGAGCGCAAGGAGGAUAUCAAUCACGAGGCAUUCGCCGAAUGUGUCGUAAAGAUGUUGACUACCCUGCUCUGA